UUUUUAUUUUCCGUCUUAGGAUUACCUAUUUAUUGUUAGACGUGAAGACUUCUGCUUCAGAUUCUGUUUUUAAUUUUUUAUUUUUUAAAAAAGUCCAAAUUUGGAAGCCUGCAAGGUUCUUUAACUACCCAGAAUUUGUAACACCCGAAACAGAAGCAUAAUUGAAAAUUCAGCUACCUUUACGUCGUCGAAGAGAGAUAGAGACAGAUGAACAAUUUUUUUCGAUUAUUUGAGCAUAAGAUUAGUUCCGUCGUCGGUUGUAUAGAUAUUUUGAAUCUGUAAGUUUAACCGCCUUUACUUGCCCCCAACCCCACCCUCCCUUUUUUUGGUUGUAUGUUAAGUUUGGGAGAUUGAUUGCAACAUCUUUUCUUAUACUUGUUUGGUUACUCAGAAAACCUGGGAAAAUCCUGAAUGGAAUUCUCAGAUUGCUUUUUAUUUAUAUUCUAACUUCUCAAGUAUGUUAAUUGUACCUGUAUUUACUUGAUUGGGUGUGAAAUGGCGGCUGGAAUAUUCCAAGGUUUAUUAUUUUGGUAUUUUUUUUUUUGGUCUAUUUGUUCUUGAUUUUUAAAUCGAAUGCAGGUUCAACAGAAGAAUAAACUCUUGAGUGUUGGGAAAAUAAUUCGUUUUGGGGAUUAUUUGAUUGAAAACAUUAGAUCAGUCGGUGAAUUUUUUAAUAGGGUUUAGUUCACUUUUUGUAAAAUUUGUGAGGUUUUAGUAGGUCAAUGAAAUGAACGUGGUGGUCAAAGUUGGGAGCCUAAUUUCCCAAGGUGUAUACUCUGUUGCCACCCCGUUUCAUCCCUUUGGUGGUGCUGUUGAUGUGAUUGUAGUUCAGCAGCAAGAUGGGACUUUUCGAAGCACGCCUUGGUAUGUGCAGUUUGGUAAAUUUCAGGGUGUUCUGAAAGGAGCUGAGAAGCUUGUUCGAAUAAGUGUCAAUGGUGUUGAAGCUGACUUUCAUAUGUAUCUUGAUAAUUCUGGUGAAGCAUAUUUUAUUAGGGAGGUUGAUUCUGGUAAAACUGGUGAGGCAAAUGGAAACAUAGAAGAUAAUCCUGAUGACAGUAGUUUUCAUGAUGGUACCAUUGAUAAUAGAAUUGACGUUGGUAGACUUGAACAUAGUGUAUCUGAUUCUGGGGUGACUCUUUUGCGGGAUGACUGUGCUUCCUCUGCUACAGACAGACUUCAGAGGGCAGAAUCUGAUGGUGACCAGAGGUUUUAUGAUUUUCAAGAGGACCAAUCCUCUUUGGAUGGUUUGGUGGAGCUAUCAGAUUAUGGGUCGAACCGGUAUGGGAGUUUACAUGGUGGGAAUUGUCAGGAAUCACAGGGUUCAGAUUCAGAGGUUAUCUUGGUGAGUGUUGAUGGUCAUAUAUUGACAGCUCCCGUGUCAGCAUCAGAACAGUCUACUGAAAAUGUGCAACUUACUACACCUCAAUUUCAUUUGGGCCCAGGUGACGGGGCAGGGUUUUGUGAGGGCAGUGGAGAGUUUAGUUCAAGUGAGAAUACAUGGGAUGAUGGCUAUAUUAGUAAGUUGAAUUCAUCUACAGCAGAUGUGGAUAGUGUUCGAAGCAUGAAUGAUGGUGGUAUUGCUUCUAGCCACCAGCUGGAAGUUUGCAAAGAAGUGCAGGAACACACAUGUCAAAGUCAUGAAACUGAGAACAUUGCUAUGAAGAUAGGAGAUCCUAACUUACAUACUGAGUCUACUGAUAUUAAGAAGGAAGUUGUUUUUAAGAGUUGUUUGGAGUUAACAGAAUUGCCCAAGCAGGUUGGAAAUGCAGAUACAAAAGAGAUGGAUACACCAUUGAAUGUUCAGAAUUCUCAGGAUCAAUCUCUUGAAAAUCAUUUAGUUGUUAAUGAAACUGAAGAUGCGAGUGUUGCAUGUACAAUUGAUGAUGGGUUUUCUCCCUCGUCUAUUUCUGAUUCUCCUGCCAACAACAGGUCUCGAAAUCUACAGGUUGAAGGACAUCUGGUUGAGAACACGGUGGCGGAUUCAGGGAGAAUUGAUCAUGCAAGUGAAUCUAUCGAUUCUGUUAUUACUUACCCAGAGUUGAAGAAUGAACAAUUUGGUACAUCAGCAGCAGUUGAAGGAAUAGACAAUAGUUCUGAAAGACCUGUGCCCAAAGAUGAAUGCAGUAAAAGUGAGAUUGUGGAACCGCCAAGGACAACUUCUGGUGAAGGAAAUUUAUCAGGCAUAUCAGGGUUUGAGAUAUCACUCUGUGGGAAUGAACUUCGCACAGGAAUGGGCUUGGAUGCUGCGGCUGAAGCCUUUGAUUCACAUCGCAUAUCAGAAGAUGAGUUCAGAUGCAAUGCAGCUUCGAUUACUAAGAAUGAAAACUUAGUUGUCAGAUUUAAAGAAAGGUACUUCUUGUGGGAAAAAGCUGCUCCUUUUGUUCUUGGAAUGGCUGCAUUUGGCCUAGAACUCCCCGUUGACCCAAAGGAUGCAGUUCCUGUGGAACAGAAGGAUACACAGAAGUUUAAGGAUGAUGAAUCUGGAAUUACAUCCACUCCUUCUGGACGCAGAUGGAGGCUCUGGCCUAUUCCAUUUAGAAGAGUAAAAACACUUGAGCACACCAGCAGUAAUUUAUCAAGUGAGGAGGCAUUUGUUGAUACUGAAUCUGGUUCAGUAAACUUACAAGAAACUUCAGCACCUGAUGGCAAUGUUGAGUCUCCUCACAAACAAUUUAUUAGGACUAAUGUUCCCACUAAUGAGCAGAUAGCAUCUUUGAACUUGAAAGAUGGUCAAAAUAUGAUUACUUUCAGCUUUUCUACCAGGGUUCUGGGAAAGCAGCAGGUUGAUGCUCAUAUUUACUUGUGGAAGUGGAAUGCUCGAAUUGUAAUUUCAGAUGUUGACGGAACAAUUACCAAGUCUGAUGUUUUAGGCCAGUUUAUGCCUUUGGUUGGAAAGGAUUGGACUCAAUCUGGUGUAGCGAAACUUUUUUCAGCUAUUAAGGAAAAUGGAUAUCAGCUACUAUUUUUGAGUGCACGUGCUAUUGUUCAGGCAUACCUAACCAGAAGCUUUUUACUGAACCUGAAGCAGGAUGGAAAAGCUUUACCCAAUGGACCUGUGGUUAUUUCACCAGAUGGACUAUUUCCCUCGUUGUACCGUGAAGUGAUAAGAAGAGCACCUCAUGAAUUCAAAAUUGCUUGUCUAGAGGAUAUUAAAAAACUCUUCCCAUCUGACUACAAUCCAUUUUAUGCGGGCUUCGGAAAUAGAGACACUGAUGAACUCAGUUACAAGAAAAUUGGCAUCCCAAAGGGGAAAAUUUUUAUUAUCAACCCUAAGGGUGAAGUGGCCAUUAGUCAUCGCAUCGAUGUUAAGUCAUACACAUCUUUACAUACUCUGAUCAAUGACAUGUUCCCCCCAACCUCAUUACUUGAGCAGGAAGAUUAUAACUCAUGGAAUUUUUGGAAAGUUCCAAUGCCAGAGAUAUAGUUGAUUGGGUUAUAUAAAUGAUGCCUUCAUAACGAUGAUCAGUUGCCAGAAAUCGCAAGCCAAAUGUGGAUAGAGACUGACAAUCUGCAGACAGAGUGAUUUGAUUGGCCCAUUUAUGUGGGAGUAUUUAAGGUAGUUGAUAAAUUUAUAGCGCUCAUUCACAAAUAUAAGAGUUAGUUCCCAUACUAGCUAUAUAUUUUAUGAUAUACGAUAUGAUAUAGAUAAAAAAUAAUAUAUAACUUAAUGUAUAUUGAAUUAA